AUGCAUGUCCUGCCGCUCUCUGGGCCUGGCCCUGGUCCCCGGUUCGUCUCAUCUUCCCUGCCGCAGCGCCGCCAGUUCUCCGAAAACGCCGGCGAAAACGCAAAUGUCCAGAUCGGCCUUGUCGUCGGCCUCGUCGUCGGCCUCUUCCUCAUCGCCUUUGGUGCCUUUCUCUACAUCUACCGCGGCUCCAUCCGCUUCUCCAACCGUCGCCAUUCCCGCCGUGGGCACCGUCAUCGGCGCAAGUCGGCCAGCAGCAAGAGCUCCCAGGCCUCAAAGGCCUCCGAUGCGGCCCCGGCUCCGCCUGACGACCCGCCGCCGCCCAACCCGGACGAGCCAGCGGCCGAUGCUUGA